CAAAACUGGUUGAAAUUUCACUUUCGAGUGAAUUUUAACCGGAGUUAAAAUUGUGAUGCUCGAAAAUGUUUUUAAUACCUACUGGAGGCUUUUCAUGUAUUAAUUAUAUUUACAUAACUUUGUAAAAAGUUCUGUUAACUAAGUUGGCCAAAACUUUUUAAUCACGAGCGACAAAAUUUCAAGUAGCUUAAACAAAAUUAAAUCAUUAAACCGCGUCUAUAAGUUACUAAAUUAUCAAUUAAGAUGAGUAAGGGCGUAAGGAUGGCCAACGAAGGAUUGUCGAGGAUGCACAACGCAUGGAAGCAAUCACGAGAAAUAGUUAAUUCGCAUCAGAAGUUCCAAAAGAAGCUUUCAAAGCCAUCUGGACAACCACUGCAUCCAUCCCAAAUCCAUAACCAAAAUAUAAACUCCCCCAUCUCCAAGUUCCAGGAAAGUGCCAUUUCCGAGGACGAAUUUGGUGCACUGAUGCAGCAGCAGGAUUUCCAGGUGGAGAAGCAUCACACCGAUCGCCAGACCCUCGCCGACAUAAUCCUGAUGCAGGCUCGUCGAAUCGAGAAGCAGCAGCGGGAACUGCAUCGGAUAAAAGCCCACUAUGAGCGCCAGGUGUCCACCAUCAAGAACAAUGCCAUAAUGCUAGAGACCCAUCUGCAAAAGCUACUCAGUGGUGCCGAUCAUGAUCGGGCUAGGCAGAUAGGUCAUCACUACAAUGACAUGUUCGGGGCGGUCCAGAAGCUGCAGAAGGGCUGCAUCCAAACCAAGCCGCCAUCCGUUUCCAACGAGCUGCUGAUCAAGUUCCUUAACUCUCAAGGGGACAGAAGAACUAAUGAAACUAUAAGUACCUACAGGAAUAUGUUGUGAACUAUAUUCCUGUGUGUACAUUAAAUUUUCAUUAGUUCUUUUGUUCUGUUUCGCUUUGUAUUUCCGGAUAAGCGUCGUAAUAAUUAUGUCAAUGAAGUAAAA